AUGCCAGUCGCGGAAGCAGACGCCGAAGCUGCUGCUUCGCCGGUAGUGGGAGCCUCGCCCAGCGCCAGGAAUGACGAUUCAACAACAGAGGCCGCUGACAGACCCGUUGCCUCGACACCCUCGACUCCCACCACGGCCACGAGCCCCGUGUCGCCGACGUUUCUAUCUGUCGCCGGCCGGGUCAGCACGCCCCUGAGCUUGUUUGUCGACUCUGCGCCCAGCAGCGGCAACAAGAAGAAGAACAACAGCAACAGGCUGCUGCCGCUGUCGCCGUCGUCGCCCACCAGCCCGGGAAGCGAGACCGCUGCGGAACUGCGCCAGCGCUAUCUGGCCAUGUCGCCCACGGCUUCGGGCGGCGGUGCGCUUGGCACGAGAGACGGAGCGUCGAUGCUCGCAGAGGACGGCACUGCAGAGGCGGAGAGGAUGCGGCAGCGGGCAUUGCAGGAAGAGCAGGAGAAGCAGCAGCAGCAGGAUAAGGCACAGAAUCUGGAUGAGACAGGAUGGAGGGAAAAGAGCACAGGGACAACCACUGGCGCAGACUCACGCACAGGACCGCCGCUGCCGUGGUCGCCCAGCAGCAGCACCAGCAUCAGUAACAGCACCAGCGCCGGCAACCUGGAUUCCAACAUUAAUAUCGCGGCGUCUUCCUCUGGCGACAUUGACAAGCAUGGCUCCGGCCGCUCCAGAGGCGUCAUUUCCGCUCCCCUGCCGCAGAGCCCCAACGCACGCGCCAGGCGAGGCCAACACGAGCGCCCCUCGACCGCCGCCCGGGAUUCGGACAUCGCGACGAGUAUUACGGGUCGUCCUGACCUGAGGGCUAGUAAUAAUAAUAGCAGCCGCAGCGGUGCCGGUAAUCAUAUUACAGGUGCUGCUACUAGUCCUGGCAGUGCCACCGCUCGUAUCCCUGCACCCGAGGAUGCGCCAUUGCACACGGGCAGCGUGCAGCCGGGCACCAGGCUGGCCCAUCCCAAGCCCAUCCUGCACAUUGCAACCGACGUCUCGUCGCCGUCGCGGCUCAGUCACCACGCCGACCUGCUCACGCGCUCCGCGUCCGCCGUCAGCAACGUCGCCCACCUCGAAGCCACGGCCGAGCGCCUGUCCAUGACCAGCAGCAUCGACGAUGCCAUCCGCGAGCUGCACUGCGAACUGAAGCGAAGCGACAGCAGACGAUCCUCCAUCCUCGCCGCCAGGGCCGCCUCCGCCGCCGACGACUCUAACAACCCCAACCCCAACUCGACGCGCCUGCGCCGCCAUCCCUCAAACUCCAACUCGACCUCGUCCGCCGCCGCCGCCGCCAGGCAAAGGGGCUACUCGCCCGCCUACGUCAUGUCGCCCACCUCCUCCCUCAGCGGCCGCAUGCGCUCCGGCUCCAACGCCUCCGCCGGCCGCCCGGAGCACGACGCCAUCAACUCCAUCCUGUCCCGCCACGGGCCCGGCAAGAGCUCCGUCAGGAGCGUGCGCUCCGCCAAGCCGUCGCUCGCCGAGAUCUCCGAGUCCGAACCAAUCUCCCUGACCCAGCACGUCCUCGACCAGGUUGACGCCGUGCCCCCGGCCGAGCAGCACGCCGCCGCCAGCUCCCGCAGCAUCAUCGAGCAGGACGCCGUCGGCCUGCCGCACACGGACGAGUUCCACGACAUGCUCGAGGGCGGCUUCCGGAGCCACCGGGCCUCGAACCUGGUCCUCGUCAACCCGGACCUGCCGUCGGGCUCCGAAUACGACGAGACCGAGCACGACCGCGAUGCCUACGACGACCGGCCCAUGACGGCCAACUCUACAAAUACAUUCCAGGUGGCCCAGGACGCCUUUGUCGACUUUGACGGCGCCCACUGCGAGACGGAUACCGAGGAUGAUCGUUUCGCUUCUACCGCCGACAUGGGGGAGCCCUCGCACAAGCGAGAGGGCCAUCCCGACAUGCACCAGCAUCAGCAGCCUCAUCUUCUUCCCCAGCUGCCCCAAUCUUAUUCCCAAGACCAGGCCCACGCCCACGCCCACGCCCAAUCCUCAACCCUACCUCCUAUCCUUGAUGACGAUCAUCUACCUACUCCCCAACCCCCCGCGACCGAGUUCGUCAGGCCGCAGUCUUACUUCGACGAGCACACCGGCCAGCACAUGCUGUACUACCCAGCCCGUGUCCCUGCCAUGCUCAACCUGCCGCCCAAGCUGUCCAACAAGCCCAAGGCCGCCGACCGCAACCAACGACGCUCCCAGCUCCUGGACGCCAUGAUGCAGCCCAAGAGAAAGUCUGUCGUCCCCGACCUCGACAAAAUCACCCUGCCCGACCCUCUGUCCGGCCACCGCAACUCGUUUGCCGCCUUGUCGGUGGCAGACGGGCUGGGGGUUGGCGACGAUGCCACCACUCCCACUGGUUGGUUUGAGGAGGCCUCAGCGCAGGUAGGAGGCGGCCAUCCGCCCUCCCUGGAGGAUCUUCGCCAUCCUCAGCGGCUGUCCAAGAUGGACAAGGACAAGCACAAGUCGACUGGCGGCGGCCUCAACCUGCCACCGCAUCUCCGAGCCAGCGUCUUCUUUGAGCAGCCCUCCGAGCUCCCCGAGAUUGAGGUCAAGGAUGGGUCCGCCAUGGCGACGCUCGACAGCAUUCUCGACGCCUCGGCGACUGCCCCCGUGAGUGCCUUUACCGACCACCUAUACGCCGGCAAGCUGGGCUCAGAAGUGUACGGCAAGGCAAAGACGAAGAAGACCAAGAAGAAGGAUACCAAGCGCAAGUCACAGCAGCUUGAUGUUCCGUCUGCCGAGUCAGGGUCUAAAGAAAAGUCCACCAUCAAGCUGCUCACCAAGAGGAGCCAGAGCAGCUUGUUUGGCAAAGCCAGCAGCAACGCAGACCCCGCCGCGGCGCAGGGCGAUGGUCACGGUGAUGCGCACGAUGAGGAAUCGGAGGAGGAGGAAUCAGAGGAAGAGGAAGAGCAGCUCGAGAACGGCGUCGUUGAUGGCGUACCCACCACGCUCCUCGGCGAAUUACACCUCCGCAAGCAGCAGCAGAAGCAGCGAGUCCUCAACAAUGGCAACGUCGCGACCCAAGGCCUGCGCGCCACCCUCCUCGAAAUGGAUGCCGUCGCCGAGAUGCAGCGCAAGCAGCGCCUCAAGAGCCGCGUCAACCUCGCCUGGGAAGACCAGGCCGCGGCCGCAGAGCACAACCUAUCCGACGACGAAGACGUGCCGCUGGCCGUCAUCGCCGCCCUGCACCAAGGAGCCAAGAACAUGGCCGACGUCGAACGCCCCCUGGGACUGAUGGAAGUCCGCCAGCUGGAGGAAAACGAACCGCUGAGCCAGCGCGCCGCCCGUCUCAAGGGACGGACCUCAAUCGCCAUGACCGCGAAGCGCCAGAGCAACCUGAGCCUGCCGCCCACGCGCAUCGCCGAAGUGCAGCCCCCGGCUCCCUCGCCGCGCAUCGUCGAGCCGGACGUGCGCGCGGACGAAGAUGCACGCACCACCAUUGCAACACCGGAACCGCUCGCGCCCGAGAUUGAGGAGGAGACGCUGGGCGCCAGGAAGCGCCGCCUGGCGGAGUCGCAGCUGCCCAAGGCCCGUCCCGUCAGCAGCACCUUUUCCAUGGAGCUCCUCAGCCAGUUUGGCGGCCCCGACGAGCCCGAGAACAAGAGCAGCGGCAAGAAGUCGCCCAACAACCUGGGUGUCGAGGACGAGACGCUGGGCCAGCGCCGUCGCCGCCUGCAGGCCGAGCGGGAGGCUCGCGAGCGAGAGAUGAGCUACGGCAACCUGACGGGCGAGAGGCCGGUCAGCUAUGGCAACACGACGAACUUGCAGGCAGGAAAGGGGCUGGCCCGUCGGGUGAGCAUGGCCGACAUGCUCUCGGUGCACCAGAACAUUCAGGAUCCUCGCGUCGAGGAGCAGAGACGCCGGCAGCAGGAGCAGAUGCGAAUCGCCGAGCAGGACGCCCGGAUGGCGGCCGUGCGAGCGCAGAUGCCCACCACGCUCAUCCAGCCGGGCAACGCCCGCACCGGCGGCUUCAAGGGCGGCCUGUACAAUGACGGAACGGGCGGCCUCGGUCUCGAAGGCGCGCGGUCGAGCGUGGCCCUCAACACCCUGCAGACGCGAAGCUUCACCAACACUGGUCCCGCCAGGAACCGAGCGACGAUGAUGGUGCCGCCCACGACAGGAUACGGCAUGUCGCAAGGGGUAGGACUGCAGCCGUCGUAUAGCACGAUGACGGGGUUCCAUGGCGGCAUGGGCGGGAUGAAUACGAUGAGCAUGUAUGGCGCGGGCAACUUGUAUGGUGCGAAUGGGCUGAUUAAUCAGGGGAUCCCAAUGUCGAACCCGAACGGGAGCAUGGAUCGCGUGGAGAGAUGGCGGCAGGGCGUUUUCCCUUGA